AUGAGCACAAGUGGGUUAAGGAGGACCACCAGCAAGGAAAGGGGAAGGCCAAAAUGUCUUUACUAUCAAUACCAUCAAGGUCAUGGGCAUACAAUCAAGGAUUGUAGAACUCUCCAUGACCAUUUGGAGCAAUUGGUUAAAGUCAAAAAGCUGAAACAAUUCAUGCACCAGCCCUUUGGGCAGGGAAGCCAAGUAGGGUCGGGAUACCAAAGAGAGGCUAUAUCAAAGCCCCCCUUGGGAACCAUCAAUGUUAUUCUCGCCAUCCCAAGCCAGACCAAAAGUCAUACGUCCGAGGUCAUGUCCAUAGCGGCAAGGCAAGAUACCGAGGAACAGGUCCAUGAAUCCAAGUGGGUUAAGAUAGAAGUUCGGCCAACCCUGGGUUUUUUUGACAAGGACAAGAUUGAGACUUAUCAACCCCAUGACAAUGCCUUAGUGGUAACCCUCCUUAUUGGAGGGUAUGACGUAAAAAGGGUUCUAGUCAAUCAAGGAAGCGAGGUUGAAAUCAUGUAUCCCGACCUGUAUAAAAGGUUGAAUUUAAAGCUCGAGGACUUACUUAGAUAUGACUAUCCUCUAGUAGGGUUUGAUAGGAAGAUAGUCAUCCCCAAGGGCAUGAUCAAGUUGCCUGUGCAGACAAGGGCUAAGAUAGUUGAAAUGGAUUUCAUAGUGGUUGAUGCCUUUUCCCCUUACACCACUAUUUUGGCAAAAUCGUGGCUUCACACCAUGGGAGCUAUGUCUUCUACUCUGCACAUAAAGGUGAAGAACCCCAUGGGGGCAAGUUGGAGAGUUGGUAGGAAGUCAGGCAAUGGCUAG